AUGGCACCCUCCUCCUCUUCCCCUCCCAACGGCAAAAGAUAUGUUCAGCUCCGUCCCAAGGAAGGCCGACUUCUGAUCACGUUUCCUGAUGGAACCUCGGGAUCCGGGGAUUUCCGACGCAAGAAACACGCCCAGUCUCAAAAGAACCAGCGAGACCGUCUGAAGGGGGCAUUUGAGCAAAUGGCCCAGGUGCUACGGGACGGUGGCGUUGACCACGCAGGGAAAGGGGCGACCAAGGUCAGCGCGCGCAAUGUCGAACUGCUCGAGGCUGCGGUGGAGUACAUACAGCAGCUGCAACGAGGCAUACAACAGGCCCAGACCGAGCGAUAG